AUCUAAAAAAUGUUAAAAACCCAUAAACCAAAAUUUAGAUGGAAAGGAAACCAUUGAGGAAAAAGAGAGAAAACCUUAAUUUACCUACCUAUGUGGAUUGAAGAAAAUGAAAAAGAAAACCUUUUAGAGUGAAAAGAGCUUUUGAUUGUACGUUGCAAACUUGCGGUCUGUCCACGGCAAUUCUUAAAGAAUUGUCGUGGAUCAGAAUCCCCUCAUGCUUUAUAAACACCAAAACGCACCUCGAUUCAAACCGAACUCAACAAUCCCAAACAAUGGAGGCUCUUGCUUGGGCUCUUAGCGUAAUGGCAUGGCUAGCUGCCCUUGCCUUCCUUUCAAAAAUACUAACCUUCAAACGCCACCAACUGAAAUUAGCACCAGGUCCUAAACCUUGGCCGAUCAUCGGCAAUCUAAACCUUAUUGGUCCUCUCCUUCACCAAUCCAUUCACAAAUUGUCACAAAGAUACGGGCCAAUCAUGCAGCUCACGUUCGGGUCGUUCUCUGUUGUGGUUGCCUCAUCUCCUGAAAUGGCAAAGCAAAUCCUAAAGACACAUGAUCAUAUCUUUGCCUCUAGACCACAAACUGCGGCAGGGAAGUACACCACUUACAAUUACACCGAUAUCUUAUGGGCACCUUACGGACCAUAUUUCCGCCAGGGCCGUAAAAUAUAUAUGUCCGAGCUCUUUACCUCAAAAAGACUCGAGUCGUAUGAGUAUAUUCGUGUCGAAGAAAGAAAAGCUCUUGUCUCUCGCCUAUUUGCCUUGACUGGGAAGCCCGUUAGGGUGAAAGAGCAUCUCUUGCGCCUCACUCUAAGCGUUAUAAGUAGAAUUGUAUUGGGUAAGAUGUAUUUCAGUGAAUCCGAAUCCGAAACUUCAACAGGGACGCAAACGCCCAAAGAAUUCCAACAAAUGCUUGACGAGUGGUUCUUGCUUAAUUCGAAGUUGAACAUUGGAGACUGGAUUCCGUGGCUCAAUUUUUUGGACUUGCAGGGAUACGUCAAGCGAAUGAAGGCCUUGACGAAAAAAUUUGAUCAAUUCUAUGACCACGUUUUUGACGACCACAAGGUAAAGAGAGGAGUGGGAGAUUUCGUGCCAAAUGACAUGGUGGAUUUAUUGCUGCAGCUGGUUGAUGAUCCUAAUACCGUUGUUAAGCUCACUUAUGACAAUGUCAAGGGCCUCACUCAGGAUCUCAUGAUAGGAGGCACGGAAACUUCUGCGAGUACAUUGGAAUGGGCUAUGUCCGAGCUCUUGAAGCAACCGCACCUCAUUAAAAAGGCCACUGAAGAGCUAGAUAGGGUUAUAGGAAAAGACAGAUGGGUGGAAGAGAAAGAUAUCCCAGAACUCCCUUAUAUUGAUGCAAUAAUGAAGGAAACAAUGAGAAUACACCCUGCAGCCGUAAUGCUAGCACCACACUUAGCUCUUAAAGACUGUAACAUAGCUGGAUAUGAUAUUCGUAAAGGAAGUAUAGUUCUCAUAAAUACAUGGAGUAUGGGAAGAGACCCUUUGAUAUGGAACGCACCUGAAGAGUUCCACCCAGAGAGGUUCUUAGGAAAGGCAAUCGAUGUGAAGGGACAACAUUUCGAGCUGUUGCCAUUUGGCUCCGGGAGGAGGAUGUGCCCUGCUUACACCCUUGGACUAAAGAUGAUUUCUUCAACCUUGGCUAAUAUGUUACACGGAUUCGAGUGGAAAUUGCCAGACAACAUGAAGCCGGAGGAUUUGAGCAUGGAGGAAGUUUAUGGUUUGACAACAUCUAGAAAGUUCCCACUUGUUGCUGUCACGAAGCCACGACUCCCACCUCAUCUUUAUUAGUUGUGAUGGUGGACCAUCUAGGGCCAUGUGGUUUGGCCGAAUAAGUGCUCUUUUACUUGAAGCGCAAGCAAGUUAUUUUCUUUUCUUAAUUUCAGCUUUGAUAGGUUCAAUAAUGGGCAUGGCCCUAUAUUUUUUAGGGUUAGUAGGGUUUGUUGUUCCUUAGCGAUUUCUAUAUAAGGAUAAGUUUGUAAGAAUUUGAUCAUUGAUUGAAUAAUGAAGUUUGCCCUACGGCCUCUUUCUUCUCUUU